CACAACACACACUCACUACAUUUCAUUCAGUAGAAGCUAAUUUCAUCAAUGGCAGAAUCAGAAGGCAAGAAGAAAACAGUGACACUAAAAUCGAACGAUGAUAAGGAAUUUGAAGUUGAAGAAGCAGCAAUUAUUCAAUCGGAAAUGAUCAAGAACAUGAUUGAAGAUGGAUGCGCUACAAGUGUUAUUCCACUCCCAAACAUCGAUAGCAAAACCUUAACAAAAGUCAUUGAGUAUCUCAACAAACACAUUACCAAAGACGAAGAUGAGGACGAGGAGGAAGAGGAUGCUAGAAAGGCUGCGGAAACAGGAGAGGAAGACGAUCUCAAGGAGUUCGAUGAGCAAUUCUUAAGCGUGGGUUGGGAAGAGCUCUUCGACAUCAUAAUGGCGGCGAAUUAUUUGAACAUUCACGAGUUGAUGGAAUUGUGUUGCCAAUCUGCAGCUGAUAGGCUGAAGAACAAAAGUGUUAGAGCUGUUCGGGAGAUGUUAAAGAUUACCAAUGAUCUCACUCCAGAAGAAGAACAGGCAAUUAUCGAUGAUGCUCCAUGGGCAUUUGAAGGUCCUGAGAUUGAUGAUACCGUCAACUAGAUUAUAGUAAUAGUGUCAUUUAUUAAUAAGUAGUAGGUGUCUCAUGAAUUUAGUCGAGGUGCGCGCAAGAUGUCUCCGACAAGACGCUCGUUAAUUGUUUUUUUUUAAUAAGUAGUAGCUAAAGGAUUUUUUGGGUAGUGUGGGCAUUUUUGAAACAAUGAUCUCUCUCUCUCUCUUGUUCUUUUACUCUGCAUGUUAUUCAUGGUGUUUUAGUGUAUUUGCACUAAUGAAUAAUUUGGUUAUUUGUUUCUUUGGCUCUAAUUAGUUUGUGUUUAUGUUUUUUUAUUGUGAUGAUCUUU